AGAUGGCUGCAGUAAGGAUUUUCAGACCAGUGUCUGAAAACAUAACACUGUUUGUCAUGUUUCAGGACGGUUAGCCUCCGCGUUACCCGACUCUUUCUUUAUAUGUUCACGGUCUGAACGGGAUAAAUCAUGGGAUCUCAAACACUUCAGAUCCUGAGGCAAGGAGUCUGGGCUUCUAUUACAGGAGGCUGGUAUUACGAUCCCCAUCAAAAUACAUUUGUCAAUGCCUUACACCUCUACAUAUGGCUCUUCCUACUUUGUUUCCCCUUUACGCUUUACAUGGCCCUGCCCCCCACCAUGGUCAUUGUGGGGAUCUACUGCGGGGUGAUCGCUGCCAUGUUCCUGCUGCUGAAGACCAUCAACUACAGGCUGCAUCAUGCCCUGGACGAGGGCGAGGUGGUGGAGCACCGGGCGGCGGAGAUGGGGGCCAGCAGAGCCGGCACUGAGGGAGCCAGCAACGGCAACGCCACCCGCCAAGAGGACAGCAACGGGCCAGGGGAUCCCGGAGGGGGCAUCGAGAUGGCGGACUUCAUUCGGGAGGAGACCCCACCAGUGGAUUGUAGCUCCAGGAACUCUUACGCUGCAAUGGACUCCAGCCACCAGAUUGCGUCCACUCAUGGAGGUGCAAGCUCAGCCAAAGGAGGAGAUGUAGGGAAGACCUCAGACGACAUCAGCUUGAGUCUGGCGCAGAGCUGCAGCCUGUGCAAAGAUGGCAGCCAGGACCAAGACCUGAUGUCUGACCCAAAGAUGUACUGCCUCGUCUCCAACGACUCCUUCGCCUCCAUGCAGCCCUCCACGUCUCUGGGUCCUGCAGAGCUGGCCAGAGACCCUGUGGACCCCUGCGGUCCCACGUCUCACCAGCUAAAUCAAUCGCUGUCCUCCACCGCCGACACAGAGUCUGGCUCCCUCGUCCCGCUGCACUCCCAGUCCUUCCGAAAAGAGUCUCGCCCGAGGGGGCUGCCACGCACCUCCAGCUCGGCCGGCUCUGCGUUCCCCGACCCCUCUUUGCCGGACUUCAGCCUGUACCCCCCACCCCGGCGGGGGGGGCUGGACCCUGUCUGCGAGCUGGAGGCCGCCAGGCCCGCCCGAGCCGCGGCCGGAGAGGGCGAGGGGGCGGGGGGCAGCGAGGGGGGCACCGGGCCCUCCCAGCCGGACCAGGCAGUUGCCUCUACCUCGGGGGCCGAGUGCUGCCGACACCAGGACUCGCACAGGCUGGCUAGCUCCGCCUCGCGGGAGGCAGGGGAGGGCAGCUCGGGGCUGUACCAGGCCGAUCAGGGCGGGGGGCGGGGCACGGGGGGCAAGUCCCUGCGGGGGGAGCGCAGUGCGGACAGCCUGCGCAGCCUGAGCACACGCAGCAGCGGCUCCACCGAGAGCUACUGCAGCGGCACCGACCGUGACACCAACAGCACCGUCAGCAGCUUCCACAGCGAGCAGACCAGCUCCACGCAUGUGGAGAGCCUCCUGUCGCUGUCGGGGGACGAGCGGGGGCGGGAGCGCGGGGACGCCAGCCUCUCCGCCCCCACCGACAGCAGGACUCCCAGGGAGGGCCCCAGCCCCAGCCUCCCCAGCCACAGCGGCAGCUCGCGGGGGCUCAGCAGCCUGCCGUCCGGGGAGGCCAACAAGAACCCGCAUGCCAACGAGCUGACGGCCAAACAGCCGCCGGCCGCCGCGGCGCCCACGCUCCUGGAGCCCGCCGAGCCCUGCGGCUGCGCGGACGACCCCGCCUCCAGGUCUGGUGCCGAGGGCUCGGCCCGGCCGGCGAGCCGGGAUCAGGAGCGGGACAAGGAGGACGUGCGGCCCAAGUCGGCCAAUCUGAUCCACCGGACCUCCUCGUCGGCGGGGCGCAGCGGGCGGCGGCGGGCUGGGAAGAAGCGCGCCAGCAGCUUCGACGCCAGCCGCCACCGUGACUACAUGUCGCUGCGGGGCAUGGCCAAGCCGCGCAGCGCGGUGUUCGCGGGGGAGGAGGACUCCAGCGACCAGAGCGAGCUGAGUUGCGCCUCCAGCCUGCACUCCACACACCACUUCAGCACGGACAGCUCCUCCAGCACCACCUCACACUCCUGCCACUCCCCCGAGGGCCGCUAUGGCGCUCUCAAGGCCAAACACGCCGCCGCCGCUGCCUCGGGGAAGGGCGCCGUGGCCUCAGAGGGAGGGGGCGGGGGCAAGCGUCGCUCCUCCCGCCGCACGCCCAGCACGGGCAGCGCCAAGACUCACGCCCGCGUCCUGAGCCUGGACAGCGGCACCGCCGCCUGCCUUAACGACCCCAACCGCCUUGGAGCCCCCGCCGGGCCCCGCCCCCUCACCACCUCCAAGUCUGACCUGGAGGCCAAGGAGGGCGAGGUUUUGGACGCCGUGUCCCUGCUGGGACGGGCCUCACAGCUGGAGUCGGUCACGCGCUCCAGGAACAGCCUUCCCAGCCAGGCCGCCUUCUCCGAGUCCCAGGACGCUGCUGGCUCCUCCCGGGCCCCGGGGAGCGAGGAGACGGUCACGUUUCGCCGUGAGCGCAGCACGUUCCGCAGGCAGGCAGUGCGGCGGCGGCACAACGCGGGGAGUAACCCCACGCCCCCCGCCUCCCUCAUCGGAUCGCCUCUCAGUCUUCAGGAAGCUCUGAGCCAGGCCUCCCAGCCUUCUGCUUCCCAGGUCAAAGGGCAGCCGUCUCGAACCCCAUCCCAGGUGACCGUGUUGAGUGCGAGUGCCUCCCUGCUGGCCAGGAACGGAAGUGCGCACCUGGAGGGUUCUCAGGACAAGGCCUCAACUGUGGGCACAGCCAGCCUGCAGGAUGACUUUGGGAAGCUCACACCCCCCCUGUACGAGGCUGGGGGCUGCGACAUGUCCCUGGUCAACUUCGAGUCUGCAACCAGACGGGCCUCCAACAACAUGUGGGAUACAGACUCCCACCUUUCCAGUUCUACCUCAGUUCGCUUUUAUCCUCAUGACCUGCUCUCCCUCCCUCAGAUUCGUCUAAACCGCCUCCUGACUAUGGACCCAGAGCUGCUGGAGCAGCAGGAUGGAGAUCUGAGUCCCGAGCUGCAGGACGCCCCACUGGGGCCUGAGGACCCUGCGUCCGCAGCACACAAGGCCAAGCAGUACUACCGCUUCUGGCUGCUGCCCUACCUGUGGGUGGGCCUGCACUUCGACCGCCUCACACUGCUGGCUCUCUUCGACAGGAACCGAGAUGUUAUGGAGAACAUGCUUGCUGUGGUGCUGGCUGUCCUGGUUGCCUUCCUCGGCUCAGUGCUGCUGGUCCAUGGUUUCUUCACUGACAUCUGGGUCUUUCAGUUCUGUCUGGUCAUCGCCAGCUGUCAGUACUCGCUUCUGAAGAGUGUUCAGCCAGACUCCUCUUCUCCUCGACACGGCCAUAACCGGAUCAUUGCGUACAGCCGGCCAGUGUACUUCUGCCUGUGCUGUGGCCUGAUCUGGAUUCUGCACUACGGCAGCGAGAGGACCACUUCUGCCCGCUUCACCCUGUACGGCGUGGCUCUGACCAGCUCCCUGGUCCUGGCCUCAGCACGCGACCUAGUCAUAGUGUUCACCCUGUGUUUUCCCAUCGUGUUCUUCGUGGGCCUCCUGCCGCAGGUGAACACGUUCGUCAUGUACCUGUUUGAACAGCUGGACAUCCACGUGUUCGGGGGGAACGCCUCCACCAGCCUGCCCUCCGCCCUCUACAGCGUCCUGCGCAGCAUCAUCACCGUAGCACUCCUCUAUGGCCUCUGCUACGGGGCCCUGAAGGAGUCGUGGGACGCUCAGCACAUCCCGGUGCUGUUCUCUGUGUUCUGCGGCCUCCUGGUGGCCGUGUCCUACCAUCUCAGCCGGCAGAGCAGUGACCCCUCCGUCCUCAUCCAAUUGGUGCAGUCUAAGAUUUUCCCCAAUGUGAAGGACAAAAACCCAGAGGACCCUCUCUCUGAAGUGCAGGACCCCCUGCCAGAGAAGCUGAGGAACUCUGUGAACGAGCGGCUGCAGUCAGACCUUAUUGUGUGCGUAGUGAUUGCAGUGUUGUACUUCGCCAUCCACGUCAGCACGGUGUUCACUGCUCUACAGCCUUUCCUGAGCUAUGUACUGUAUGCAUUGGUGGGAGCAGUGGGAUUGCUUACCCACUACCUGCUGCCUCAGGUGCGCAAGCAGUUGCCCUGGUACUGCUUCUCACACCCUCUGCUCAAGACCAAGGAGUACUACCAGUUUGAAGUCAGGGAGGCGGCCCACGUGAUGUGGUUUGAGAAACUGCACGUGUGGUUACUGUUCGCGGAGAAGAAUGUGCUCUACCCCCUGGUCAUCCUGAAUGAGUUAAGCGGCAGCGCUCGUGAGCUCGCCAGCCCGAAGAAGCUGGACACAGAGGUGGGAGCGCUGAUGAUCACGGUGGCGGGUCUGAAACUGCUGCGCUCCUCCUACAGCAGCCCCACGUAUCAGUACGUAACGGUGCUCUUCACCGUCCUCUUCUUCACCUUCGACUACCGCGCCCUCUCCGAGACCCUGCUGCUCGACCUCUUCCUCAUGUCCAUCGUCUUCAGCAAGCUGUGGGAGCUGUUCUACAAGCUGCGCUUUGUCUACACCUACAUCGCCCCCUGGCAGAUCACAUGGGGCUCCGCCUUUCACGCCUUUGCCCAGCCCUUCGCCGUGCCUCACUCUGCCAUGCUGUUCGUCCAGGCGGUAGUUUCUGCCGUCUUCUCCACGCCUCUGAACCCCUUCCUCGGCAGUGCCAUCUUCAUCACCUCCUAUGUCCGCCCCGUUAAGUUCUGGGAGCGGGACUACAAUACAAAGAGAGUUGAUCACUCAAACACCAGACUGGCCUCUCAGCUGGACAGAAACCCAGGGUCCGAUGACAACAACCUGAACUCGAUCUUCUACGAGCACCUGACCCGCUCCCUGCAGCACAGCCUGUGUGGAGACCUGCUGCUGGGCCGCUGGGGGAACUACAGCACGGGGGACUGCUUCAUCCUGGCCUCCGACUACCUCAACGCGCUGGUGCACCUGGUGGAGAUCGGCAACGGCCUGGUCACCUUCCAGCUGCGCGGCCUGGAGUUUAGAGGGACUUACUGCCAGCAGAGGGAGGUGGAGGCCAUCACCGAGGGGGUGGAGGAGGACGAGGGCUGCUGCUGCUGCGAGCCGGGGCACCUGCCCCACAUCCUGUCCUUCAACGCCGCCUUCGGCCAGCGCUGGCUGGCCUGGGAGGUUCUGGUCACCAAGUACGUGCUGGAGGGUUACAGCAUCACUGACAACAGCGCCGGCUCCAUGCUGCUGGUGCUGGACCUCCGCAGAAUACUCACCACCUACUACGUCAAGGGCAUCAUCUACUACGUCACAGCCUCGCCCAAGCUGGAGGAGUGGCUGGCGAACGAGACCAUGCAGGAGGGCCUGCGCUGUUGUAGCGAACGUAAUUACGUGGACCUGGACCCGACCUUUAACCCUAACAUCGACGAGGACUACGACCACCGUUUGGCAGGCAUCUCCAGGGACAGCUUCUGCAGGGUCUACCUGAGCUGGAUCCAGUACUGCAACUCUCGCAGACCCAAGUUGCUGGAGAGUGAGAAGGACUCUGCGCUGGUGACUCUGUGCUAUGGCCUGUGUGUGCUGGGACGGAGGGCACUGGGCACUGCCUCACACCACAUGUCCAGUAACCUGGAGUCUUUCCUGUACGGACUGCAUGCGCUGUUCAAGGGAGACUUUCGCAUCUCCUCGGUCAGAGACGAGUGGAUCUUCGCUGACAUGGAGCUGUUACGGAAAGUUGUGGUGCCAGGAAUCCGUAUGUCUCUCAAACUGCACCAGGACCACUUCACCUCUCCGGAUGAGUAUGACGAGCCGGCGGUCCUGUUCGAGGCGAUCACGGCCCACCAGCAGAACCUGGUGAUCGCCCACGAGGGCGACCCGGCCUGGCGCAACGCCGUGCUGUCCAACUCGCCCUCCCUCCUGGCGCUGCGCCACGUCCUGGACGAGGGCACCAACGACUACAAGAUCAUCAUGCUCAACCGGCGAUACCUCAGCUUCCGCGUCAUCAAGGUGAAUAAGGAGUGUGUGCGUGGGCUGUGGGCAGGGCAGCAGCAGGAGCUUGUCUUCCUCCGGAACAGGAAUCCGGAGCGCGGGAGCAUCCAGAAUGCCAAGCAGGCGCUGCGCAACAUGAUCAACUCAUCAUGCGAUCAGCCUAUUGGCUACCCCAUCUACGUGUCGCCGCUGACCACCUCCUACUGCAACUCCCACGCUCAGCUCGGCCACAUCCUGGGAGGCCCGAUCAGCAUCAGCAAUAUUCGCAACUUCAUCGUCAGCACCUGGCACAGGUUGCGGAAGGGCUGUGGGGCGGGGUGCAACAGCGGGGGGAACAUUGAGGAUUCGGAUGCUGCUGGGGGGAUGUCCUGUGCCAGUGGAAAUGGGACCGGGGUGAGCGACUCCCAACAGAGCUCUGUCUCUCAGGGGGGCAUCACGGGUCCAGCAGCACCUCUGUCAUACCAGCCACAUUCUUUGGGCACUAGUCAGAGCUCUCAGUCAGUGCAGUCGGGCCUGGUGCGCCACUCCCCGGCCAGGGCGUCGGUGGCGAGCCAGUCCUCCUCGUACCGCUACAGCAGCAGCCGCCACUCGUCGCUGCGCACCUCCGCCACGGGCCUGGAGCCCUGCCGGCGCUCCUCCACCAGCCAGCUGUCCCUGCGCACGCUGCCCACCUCCCUGCAGCUGCGCCUGGGCUCCGACCCCGCCGGCCCCUCCGCCUCCCUCUCCAGCCACAGCAUCCCGCCCUGCAAGCGCCACACGCUGGUGGGCCUGCUGGGCAGCGAGGCCCUGUGUGCCGAGCCCGCCCCCCACCACCACCCCGCCAGCUCCGCCGUGCGCAGGGAGGACAUCUCUUACAGGGUGCAGAUCGUGGAUGUGAGCCAGGUGCUGGAGACCAUCAAUCUGUCCAAGCGCAAGGAGCUGCAGUGGCCAGACGAGUCAGCGAGGCUGCGAGCUGGACGCAGCUGCUGGAGGGACUGGAGCCCCCUAGAGGGCAUGGAGGGACAUGUGAUUCACCGAUGGGUGCCUUGCAGCCGGGACCCGGGCAGUCGCUCCCAUAUCGACAAGGCCAUCCUGCUGGUACAGGUGGAGGACAAGCUGGUGCCCAUCAUCGAGACGGGGGUAAUCGAGCUGGGUGCAGAGGUCUGAACUGAGAACCACCGCCCAGGGUCCAGCCACAGACGGCCACUCCAGACGGGAGGAGGCCAGGACCUGCAGACUGAAGGAGAGGGGGGCUGAACCCCAACCCCUUUCCAGAUUUUGUAGGGGGGCAAAGGAAGCAGGGAAAAGUGCAAGUAGAGGCAGAACACGCUCACAAAUCUGCCUUGCUCUGCGUGUCACACAAAUAUGCUGCAUGACAGUUACUCUCCUGUUACACAUGUACAAUUUUAAGUUUAGCAUUGCCGACUUCUAUGCAUCUCAUGACAGAGCUGACGGACAGAAUCUCGUGGUUUGAUUUGUGGUUCAGGCAGUACUGUAAGAGGGAAGGAAAAACAGCUGUUUUAUCAAUUCACUUGCCAAAAAUGGACACAAAAUAGAUGGCCAUGGUUUUCACACAAAGCAUGUUAAAGCUUUUUUUUGCUGCCAAGACUUUCAAGAGACUAAUAGAGUAGAGUGGUUUGGGCAAACAAAAAAAGCAGGUGCUGUAGGUUUAAAACACUAUUUGAUUUGCUUUCAUUGUCAUUCCUAUUUGUUGUUUGAAAGUUGCAAAAAAAAAAGUUGCGAGAAGAAAAACUUGCACUAUAAUUUUUAAAUGAUUUUUUUUAAUUUACAGCAAUGCACUACAGUUUUGAGGUAAUAUCACAUUUAUUUAUUUAAGACAGGAAACGACUCUUGAAUUGCCAUGGUUUACUGAUGCCUUGGGAAUGAAAACAUGCAAUCAUUUUUUGUUAU